AUGUCAGCAUCAAUGGCCAUUCUUAACAAACCUGCCACUAUAAUCACUUUGUUUCCUCAACUCAAACCUCGGAAACACAUCAAAUUUCCCACCUCAAAAUUGGUUUUCACAGAAGAACUUGUUUCCCACAAAACUGUUUCCUGCAAUGGCACAGCUUGGAGCCUAAAUGCUGUGACUAGAUCAACCAAGGGUAAAGCUUUAGCCUUCAAUGACAAUGCUGGUGAUGAAGGAGUUAAAGAUCUUGAGCAAGAAGGCUUCAUUAGUGAGUUUUCUCAGUUUCACCCAGAAUGUAUAGUAGCUAAUGGACUCGAAUCCACUCUCAAUCGCCUGAGUAUGGGGAUUGUAGCUGUAUGUUUCAGUGCAAUCCUUCUGUGGAGGCAUGAUGCUGAAGCAUUGUGGGCUACUGUGGGUUUUGGUUUAAAUCUUGGGCUCUCCACCAUGCUGAAGGAGAUACUAAACCAAGCGCGACCUGUUUCUGCCACGAGAUAUGACCCUGGAAUGCCAUCGACACAUGCUCAAUCCAUAUUCUUCGUCAUCAUGUUCACUGUUCUGUCAAUGGUGGAAUUGCUUGGAGUGAAUGGACUUGCAAUAACUUUUAGUGGUGCUGUCUUGGCAUUUGGUUCAUAUCUUUCAUGGCUAAGGGUUUCACAACAAUUUCACACGAUAGGCCAGGUGGUUGUGGGUGCUAUGAUGAACGGUGGACUUCUUGAGUACAAAGUUAAGAAUAUAAGUUGGCAUGCAAGUCGUUGGAUUCUAUACCCCCAGUCUGUCUGGAAGAUCAGUAACAGAAAACCGUUAAAAAGAUAA